AUGAACAUAGUGCGCCAGAUGAGGCGCCUCGCGGCGGUUCGCGCGCGGCCCGCGAGCUGUACGCGCACGCUGCGCAGGGACUGGAGUGCGCUGGCUCCACACUGCGGCCUCGCGCGCUGCCCCGGGCUCCGCAGGCCGUCCUCGGCGGCCGCAACGAAUGCACUGCCUCACGUGCACCUCUCCGGCGGCCUUCGGCCCGCGAAGGCCCUCCAGCGACGCGGCCCCGGCCCCUGCCACGCCACGCAAGCGCAACGCAGGCAAAUGAGCAGCCUGGCGGGGAUCAUGGACAGCGUACGGUUCGACGGCAGCGGCCGCGCGCUGCUCCCUUUGAUCGUGGGGAUCGAUCCGGACGUCUGGGGCGCCGUGGCGGUGCUCGUGCCGCGAGAGCUGGCGUCGCUGGAGCUGGGGGGGGCGCCGCUCGGCGCGAUGGGAGGCGACGCGGCGUACAGCGACGGCGAGGCGAGCGGGCGGCUGCCGUGGGAGAGCAGCGACAGCGAGGCGGACGAGGGGCCGCGGGAGCUGGAGGCGCUGCUCGCGAGUUAUACUGCCCCGGGGGGCACUGACGAGGCUGACGCAGGGCUGCACGUGGACCGGGUCGCGCUGCCGACGCCGGACGCGCGCACCUUCGACGAUAUGUCGCCGGCGCAGAUUGCGGCGGAGGUGGCGCGCAUGCGCGAGGGAGGGGGCGCUCCGGAAGCCGACGGGGGGGGUGUGGACGCGUCAGACAUGGCGCAGCGGCACGCGGAGCUGUGCGACGCGUCGGCGGCGCAGCUCAAGGAGCAGUGCAAGGCGGCCGGGCUGCCCGUGAGCGGGAGGAAGGCGCAGCUCGCCUCGAGGCUCGUCGCAGCGUCGUGCGGGCUGAUCGUGCCCGCGGCGGUUGAGGGGGGGGGUGCGAUGGAGUCGCAAGAGACGCUCCUGGGGGUGUCUGUGGGCGUGACGUGCCUCGACACCCCGCGCGCAGUGGCCCUCGUGAACGGCAAGCGGCGGGCGCGGCUGGACCAGCCGCGCGUGCUCGAGAUGUGCCGGCAGGUGAUGAUGCUGCAGCACACCGAGACGGACGCGGCGGGGGGCGCAGGCGCGUCGCGCGACGUGGUUGUGUUCCUCGAGCGCCCGCAGAUCAUUCCCGGGCGACAGGGCGGCAUCAUGCUGCACACGUCAGGAUUUUAUUACGGGUUCUGGACCGGCGUGAUGGAGGCGUUGGGCGCGAAGGUGGUCCCGGUGACCCCGAACAGCUGGAAGGCGCAGGUCGGUCUGUCCGGCAGCGGGCGGGGCAAGUCGGCGAGCGUGGAGGUCGCGAGGCAGGCGUUCCCGGGCCUCGAGGGGCACCUGUCGGCCGCCAAGCACCACGGCCGCGGCGACGCGCUCCUCAUCGCCCUGUGUGGGCUGCGUCGCGCAAUGAUGGCUGCCGAGGCCGCGCUCGAGGACGCCAAGGCCAGCGACGGAUAG